CACGGUAGGCUAUCUACUCUCUGUCUGACACGGGGAAUCGAAGCCUGGAUUUUUGCCAUUUUUUCUAGAGUUUGUGUUUCUUGAACAUGAUUCGUGUUCCGAGUUCUUUCUGCUGUAUUGGUAUCAUAACGAUGUUUAUCAGGCCCGUUACUGUUACAGUGCUUCUUAUAGUAGUUAUGGUUGUCAUGGUGACGGCUUAUUCCAUUUCCGAUGACGACUACGAGAGAAACUUGGCUAGAUUCUUAUACUACACCCGAAAAAGAAGCUGCGUGAGGAGAGGGGGAAGCUGUGACGAGAGACCCGACGACUGUUGCUUUCAGUCAUCUUGUCGUUGCAACCUCUGGGGGACCAACUGUCGCUGUAUGCGAAGAGGACUUUUCCAGGGAUGAAGCCGUUUCGUGGAAGUUUCUCUUGGUGUUCUAUUUCACAGAUAGGAUGAUUCGUCGAUUGUGCCACGAUUAACCUUCUUAUCAAUUAUAAUUCUGGCGUUUAUCGUUAAACUUACGUGUAUUGUUUUCCAUUUUUGUUUCAUUUUACAUCGGUUAUUAACUGUAACUAUAUAUAUAUUCGGCUCUAAUCUAUAGCUUAGGUGUUGAUAUUUUAAAAGAAACCCAUCAGAGAUCACAAGGCAGUUUUUACUUCAAUCUUACCAAAACCUUUUCUUCUGCUGCUUGCUUUAGAGAAAUAAGAGAGCAGAACAAAAAAAAAUAGUUUAAUUCAGCUUCAAUUGUAAUAACAAAUAACUUGCACAAAUUAUGACCAUCACAAACUGAUAUUACAACAAAGGCUACAACUACAAUUAUUUUUCCGAAUUUAAUGAAUUAAAAACUUGAAACUCUGGAACAACUAGUGACGUGUGGAUUUUUUUUUGUGUGCGUGUGUGUGUGAUGGAGCGUUGUCUAAACUUUAAUUCCUGGUCUUAAAUUAUAAAUACACAUUCAUGUUUUAGAGAUUCGUUUUCUUUAUAAUCACCAGGUAAUUAAUUAUCAGUGUGGUUUAAUCAACUAGCGCGUAUAAGUCAUAAAAAUACGACUGGUUUAUUAUCCGUUGUUCAUAUAGCAUCGGGGAAAGAUAUAAUUAUAUUAUCUAAGUAUAUUUUAUAAACAUAUAAUUAUUUUAAUAAUUUCAAAUCUAAACGUCCAGGUUUAAUAAUUAGAAUGUUAUAUCCACACCUAAGUUUAUUUGACAAAUACGUGUACACACUUUCAUCAUACACGACCACUGGAAAUUGCAUUAAAAGCUGGGAUAAUAAAAUAAUUAUUAAAUUAUUUAUGUAUUUAAUUAAUUAUAAGGUUUUUAACUUGAGUCUCUGGGGGUCCUCCUAUCUGUAUAUGUCCAGUUGUCUGUUUCUUUGUUCUAUAAGCUUGCUGAAUUCAGCGUGAAAUAAACACGAACGAUUACGUUGAA